AUUAGUUCAGCUUUUUAAUAAAAGUCAAGAGUUAAUAAAACUGACAUGACCAUUUUACGCAUCAAAAAAAAUCCUUUUAAAGCUGAUUUAAAAAAAUUAAGUUUACUGCAUGACAUAUUCAAAAGAUGCCUAUUCCACUUGUACUUUAUGGCACUUAAUAGUUGGAAUCCUGAACGGAAAAAAAUUGCUUCAUUAUUCUUGUGCUGAAGAAAACAGUGACAUUUGAGAGAGAAGAAGGCUUCCCACGUAGUCUUUUCUCGAAUGAGCUACAUGACUUUAUUUCAGUACUGAAGGUGCGUGCGGGGGCAGGGAACUGGUGGUCAAAUUAUAAGAGGCCCUCGURCUAACGUAACAAAUGCAGCAAAGAAACUUUUAUCAUGCAAAACACAUAUGUGUACGACAGCUGCGCCCUCAAAUUCUACAUGAUUCAUUUCUAAAUACAGCUCUUGGCAUUCGGUCUGUUGGUUGGUUGAUCGUCUGGGCGGUCGCUCGACGGACGUAUCCCGAUCUAUCCCACAGCUCAAAAGUAGGGAUUAGACCGAGGGAGUCAUGGUAACAGAGAAAACUGAAUACUGAAUACUAUUUUUAUCUAUGAUCUACUUUACUGAACCUUUCAAAGUAAGUGAUUGUUUUUGUUUUAGUUUGUUGUUUUUUUGCCUUGCCUUGCAGCGUUAUAAAUAAGUGAUGGCGAUAACGACAGCAACAUGGCGGACGAUUAAUUCGCCAAAUAAACACACUUGCUGUUAUCACAUUAACAACAACUUAACAAAUUGAUGGCAAGGUUAAAUAUGAUGAGAGAAUAUUUUUUGUAAGGCGUAUAUUAAAAACACAGGAAGCCCGAGUGAGAAUUUUUGUUUCAAAAAAUGUAGAAGUUUUGCUCUUCAAAGUAUAGCAAUGUAAUGAUAAGCGAGGACAAACCAUAGGAAGCCCAACUAUGACAUUCAGAAGCUGUGGGUGACUAUAUAUCCUUGUGAUAUUACUAUAUAUUUCCUGUUUUUGCUGAUAACCUUGUCUUGACAAAAGCCGAAAGAGAGAAAAGACCUAUUAGCCGUCUGCAGGUAGUCUGUAGCACCUCACAGAGCUAAGACUCUGAAGCGGAUCCUUUCUCACGAAACUCUUCAUCUUUUUCGUCCUCUUUAUGUUCCUAUAACAACAAAACAUAUAUUUAAGAAAUCAGUUAAGGUCUUAAAAUUCAGGUUUCUUUCCCCAAAAUUUUAAGUUUCAAACCUUUAAAAGGAUGAUUAUUUAUGCAAAUCAAUAUAUUUGAUUGGCUCGUUGUCAAGGAGACCUGCUCCGUGUCCCUGGGUAUAGUCAGUAAGCCAUGUUGUUGAGUAUAGAGUAACACCAAAAUUUGCGAUAUUCUUGCAGGAAUUAUCUAUUUAUCGACGAUUUCUCUCAACGAGAGAGUUAAGCAGAGGUGACGAAUGGCGCAUAAUGGUCGAAAUGAGUAAUUCUGGGCUACUGGUAGAGAGAAAGCCGACAUAUUCUGAGGUUUUAAAGAAUUCUGCAAAAAAUAAAAACUCGAUGACCAAAGAUUCCGGCAGGUAUCUCAAUGGAGAUAUUUCGUUUUUUGGAAGACAGGAAAGAUCGAAUUCUGAGUGUUCCUCAGAUUCUCAGCUCGAUACACUCUUGGAAGCAGCUGAUAAGAUUAAAGAUGGAAAGCAUCAGAACUUUGAAAAGCCCAAGAAGAGAGUGCGCUUUAACAUGGACAAGAAUGAAAAAUUUACCUACAGUUACAGCAACUACAAUGAGUCUCUAGAUACUGAGAAUGGAAAAUCUGGCAGUAAUGGAAUUAGUAACAUCAAUUUUGUUGGAUUUGAGUAUAUGAAUGGAAAUGACGAAAGUGACAAUGAUGAUGAUGAUGAUGGUGAAGAUGAUGAUGAUGAUGAUGAUGAUGAUGAAGAGGAGGAAGAAGAUACGGAUGACAAUGAAUAUGACACAGAAACAAGUGAAGAAGGAAAUGAACAUGGACUAGGAAAAUACGGAUUCCUUGUAGACAAGAGUUCUCAAAACGAAAAUUUUGAAAUAAAUAACAAUGAUGAUGUAUCAACGACAAGCAUUUUGACUGGUAAAACAAACGAUUCGAUGGAGCUUAAUCAUCUUAGUAAUGAUCUGGAUCAUGACGAUGGUAUACUGGAUCACCAUAGCAACACAGUAACUGCAGGCCAGUUCAAUCAGUUAGAAGUGGCUCUCAAAAGUAGAAAAGAAGAGGUUGAGAAAGAAAUGUCUGACUUAACAGACCGUCUAAAUAGAGUUAGAGAAGAUACAAUAUCUGAGAUGGAAAAAUUGGAAAGAGAGCUGCUAAAAAGGAGAGAGGACUACAAAACAGAAAUAGAGGAAAUAAGUAGACACCGGGAAGAGCAAAAGCAAAAGUUUGAGGAAGAGCUUGAAGAAUUUCAAAAUGAGAAAAAGCUUGAAGAACGAAGACAACGAUACUAUGAACAUGAGAGAAUAAUAACUGAAAAAGAAGAAGAGCUGGAUCGACGGAAAUCACAAGUCCUAGAGCAGGAACGCGAGGUUCAGGAUUACGAAGAGUACUUGAACAGACGACACAAGGCCUGCAAUGGCAAAGAAGAAGAUCUUACUGUCUUACAAAAUGAACUAGAGAUAUUAGCACGUGAACUCGAAGCGAAAAAAGAGAGACUACUAAACAAAAGCAGGGUGUAUCAACAACAACUUGACGAUGUAGAAGAACCUCCUCUUCCGUCUCCUUCGGAGAUUCCUGUGAGAAUUAGGAGUCCUAGUAGAGUGAGCACCGCGAGCCGAGGUGUCGACUGGAGAAUCGAAGAACUCAAGUCUCAAAACAAGCAGCUUUUAGAAGAAUUGUUCACGUUAAGGAAGGCUUUGGAGAGUAAAGAUGAAGAGAUGGAUGACAUAAGGCAAACGAUGGAAAUUCUUGAAUCAGAUAACAAACGUCUUCUUCAAAAGGUCAAGAACCUAGAAUCCCAACUAGAAGUGGCCAGAAAGGGCGCUGAGUUAGGUUCCGAAACUCCGAACUCACCAGUUGAGGAUAUCUUACGUAGAACCGCUUCAGACUUGAGAAAAUCACGAGUAAGUCGUGUCUCUCGUGUUCACCUUGAACCAUUAUCACUAACGAACUCACAGGCACGAAUACCUCGAACAAACUCUAAAGACUCUGUACACUCUAAAGCAAAAUCGUCAAACAGCAGCGACUCAGGCAAAGAGGAGAAGAGUUUACGAAGUUCUUCAAAAUCUGGCUCGAAAAGCUCGGACGAAAAGCACAUAAUAAAGAAAGGAAGUGAAAAAACUACGAGCUCACUUUGCGCUGUCAUGUGAAGAAACGAUGGAUAAUAGAGUGAAUAAAGACAGCUGUGCUGUUGUAAUGAAUCUAAUUUAAAUUAUAAGGAUGUAUCCUUUGARUACUUUUAAACCUACAUGGAGCUAGGAUUUCUAGUUUAAAAUGUUUCCAUUUAUAAAACAAAAUUUUUAGGGAAAAAGUUGACGAAAAAUGUCGAUUGUUCAGCCAAUGAAAAAACAGCUGGACUGUGAUUGGUUCGUUUUUUCAUCACUUGACACAACAGAAAUCGAAAUUAAUAAUUAUAAAUAUCAAUCCUUUUUGUAGAUACUCGAAUGUUUUUACAAUGAAAACAUUACUUGAUUAUAUUUAAGCUACCAUAAUGAUAUUUGUACAUCUAGUGAAGAUUUAUUAGUUAGAUAAAAAUACUCAUCUGUUGAUUUAGAUUUUUUUGGCUAUUAUAGCUAGACUUCAUUUAACUUCUUUUUCUUUUUCUUAUCUUUCUUUCUUCAUUUCUUCUUUUUAUUUAUUUAUUUUUUAUUAGUUCCCUUCGAUCAAUUUUUGAAUUUUUGCUCAAAUGAAAUCACUCUAUCAGGAAUAGCAAAAAUAUAUUUUAUUUUAAUUUUGAUUAUUUCAAUUCAAAAUAGUAUAUUAUAAAUAUAUAUUACUACAAUCAAUAGAAUUUUCAGCUUAUACCUAAAAGUUUCCCACUUAAAUCAGAUAAUUUAGGUGUUUUCGUUAAAGAAAGAAAUCACACUCAAAGUAAGAUGGGUUUAAACUGGGAAACAUUAGGUCCAAGUUGAAAAGCUCUGUUCUUUUGUUGAUUGAUAGAUUUUUUUUACUAGGGUAUAAAUAACAUGGGAUUAAUAUUUUUUACAACAUUUGAAUUUUUUAUACCCCAUAUAUCUCAUAGUAUCCUAAAAAAAGCCCUUUUCCUGUGAAAGUAGGCUGGUCAACUGUAAAAAGGACCUGAAGAUUUACUUUUUCAUUUUAGUUGAAAGUUGCAAAGCUGUUAGAGUGCUCAAGCUUAAUCCAUGACACAGUAAAUGUUAUUUGCACUAAAUAGUACAGAAGAAUGCAAUAACUAUUGCUUUCUAUUACUUCAUCAGUUCUCUUUAGUACUAAAUACAGUACUAGCUAUAUGAUACUCUUUCAUGGAUACCUAAAUAUAGUGAUAAGUAGUGGAAAAAUGAUACAAUAGUCAACUUCCUCAAUAUUUUAUCAAGCUUUCGAGCGAAAAAUAUGAGCUCAUUCUGUUACCAAUAAUAAUUUUGGUCUAAUUAUUUAAAAAAACAACCUCAAACUAUCGAGGUUUAUUUUCAAACAACAAACACAUUCACCAUUCAGCAACACUAUAUUUAAUGUGGUCUCAGUCACUUUUUAUUGCAAAAUUGUUUUAUAUUUUGGUAAUAAAGAAGUACAACAUUA